UUUAUUUUUUUUUAUUUUUUGCUUUGGGUAACUUUUUUUUCUUCAGAGAACAUCCUCGAACCAAGUGCCCUAACCAUCUUCACCAAGACGGAGAAAUCAAGCCGGGAGAAUGGAUUUAUGAAAACCCUCAUGCAAAAAGUUGGCAGGAGUUUAGCAAACUUUUGCACAGACUCCACCUCCAGUGCCUCCUCCUUGUGGCCCUCCUCCCCUCCGUUUCCCCUCUUGUCCGGCUGCUGCUGCUGCUGCUGCUGCCGCUGCUGCAGUGGCGGCGGCGGCGGCUGCCGCUCCUCCUCCUGCUACCCGCGAUGGUGGCAGGUUUGCUGGGCUGCUGGGGCGGCGGCGGUGGCCGGUGGUGGACAGUGCCUGGCACUUGGCUGUGCUUGAUGGCGCUGCUACUCCUGGGCUCCCCUCCGCGGGGCUCCGUGCUCGUGCACGGCCGUAGGCUCAUCUGCUGGCAGGCGCUGCUGCAGUGUCAAGGGGAGCCGGAGUGCAGCUACGCGUACAACCAGUACGCCGAGGCGUGCGCACCAGUCCUGCUGCAGCAGGGAGGCCAGGCGGCGGCUGCGGCCGCUGCAGCCGCCGCGGUGGCCGCUUCCUCUUCUUUCCCCUCCUCCUCUGCCUCCUUCUCCUCCCGCUGGCGGUGCCCGAGCCACUGCAUCUCGGCCCUAAUUCAACUCAACCACACCAGGAGGGGCCCAGCUUUGGAGGACUGUGAUUGCGCGCAGGACGAGAACUGCAAAUCGACCAAGCGUGCUAUCGAACCUUGCUUGCCCCGGACGAGCACUGGGGGUGGGAGUGCCAGCGGGGGAGCUGGGGGUACCGGCGGGGGAGGUGCGGGAGGGGGCGUGAUGGGUUGCACUGAGGCCCGACGGCGUUGUGACCGGGAUAGUCGGUGCAACCUGGCCCUGAACCGCUAUCUGACCUACUGCGGGAAGCUCUUCAACGGGCUGCGCUGCACGGACGAGUGCCGCGCGGUGAUAGAGGACAUGCUGGCGGUGCCCAAGGCUGCACUACUCAAUGACUGUGUUUGUGACGGGCUGGAGCGGCCCAUCUGCGAGUCGGUGAAGGAGAACAUGGCCCGGCUCUGCUUUGGGGCCGAGCUAGGUAACAGCCCGGGCAGCAGCGGCUCGGACGGCGGCCUGGACGACUACUACGACGAGGACUACGACGACGAACAACCCGGGCAGCGGGGCGGUGGGGGACUCGGAACGGCCGGAGACUCGCAGUACGAGGAGGAUGGGGUUCCGCACCCGCCUCGUCCGGGCGGCGGCGCUGCUGCAGCAGCUGCUGCAGCUGGGGGAGGGCGCGGAGAGCUGCCCUACGGGAAUGGGAGGAACGGCGGCUCCCGCUCCACUCCCGAGGGCGCCUGGACUCUGCUCGUCUCCAUUUUGCUGCUGCUGCUGCUGUUCUUUCGGCCCCUGUUGUAGCCUUUUCUACCAAAUCCUCUGUCCGUUCAUGUGCUUGGUCUCUUGAUUCCCCGCAAUCACCCCCACUCUAUCACAUCUCCCACUUCUCCCCUCUCUCCACUCUCUUUCCCCAUCACCUUCCCACCCAUCUACCCCCACCGCCCCCAUUAUACUUCGACUUCCCUCCCUUGUAAAAGUAAUUGGUACUUAAAACACAGCUUUAGAAGAGCUCGGGGAUACUUUGCUUUCCCCUGUUCCGGACUCUUUUUUUUUUCUUUUGCAAAACUAAUGAACUGCAUCCCGGUUUCUUCCCGCCUCCCCUCCCCUGGAUUCCUCUACAAUACCCACAGCAAUUUUACACAAUCCUUUUCCCGAGGGGUCGCGAGAAUCCACAGUCUCUUGGCUUAUUGAGUCCCCACCCCCAUUCCAGGUCCACGGUAGAUACUCCAGAUCGCUUGGCAGGGUAGAACCCCAAAUUAGCUUGAGAUUUCAGAAGACAAUUUAGGCAGUGGGAGAGCGGGUAAAAGUAGCAGGACUAGAGGAAAAGGGACACCCCUCAAGACUCCAUGGGGUUCAGAUGAGUGCGUUCUUUGCAGUUUUUUCUUACUCAGUUCUGGACCAGUUAGUGGCUAGUAGAGAUAUUUGAAAGAGAUAUGUUUGAAAUGCUGCUGUGGGUGUAUUUGCAAGUCUCCUCUAAGGAAAAGUGCAAAUAGUCUUAUGGUUUGACCUAUUAGAAUCUUUUAAGCCGGCUUUUAAGGAGCCAGCUGCUUGAAUUAAAGUCUCAUUUAGUCAUUCAUUCAUUCAUUUCUUCUCGGUAUCAAUGCCCAGAAUAUUCUCGGUGACAUUAGAAGCAGGGAUCGGGUCUUUAUUGCUAUUUAACUCCUUGGGGAGGGGAAAAAAUCUAAACCGUAUGAGGGUGAGUAGCAGACUUAGGUCAUUUCAUUCUUAUAAAAAAAAAAGUUUCAGCUCAGAUUUAACUUCCCUUCCCGUUCCAUCACUCAGUAUUCAAACUCAAAUGCCGAUAGAGGAAAUUAUUAAUGAUACUAAACAAUGCAACUUUUGUUUUAAAAGAGCGCUGCACUGCCAUCUCCGAAAGACACUUUGUGUGUUUAGUGGUUAUGUUUGCGUUUUUGUUUUGUUUUGUUUUGACUCCAAGAACUUUUGUUAUAUUGCCUCUACUCCUAUCAGGGUGCUGAACUCUGGUAAAUCUUAUAUAAAAUGUAUUUAAAACUGGGAUUUGUUACCAGUCGCUGUACCUUGUAUAUAGAAUUUUUAUAAAAUGUAUGCUUCAAAAAUAAUUUAUUUUUAAAAGAAGAAAUUAAAGUUUAAAAUUUACGUUCAUGCUACUCUUUUGAAAGAAAUGUACAGUUUUCAUUUGUUUUAAAGGAUACAAAAUACAAUAAUCCAUUGUGAAGUAUGCUCUAGGACAGCAAAUGUACAGUGUAUUUUAUAGAUUUGACGUUAACUUCCUUAUUUUAAGAGAAUUUAUGAACGAUGUUGGUGAUUUGUAUGAAUACAUUUCCAGACUGCCUUAAACUUUGUCUUUUAUAGAAGGCAUAAGAAGUCCUAUGUAACUAUGGCUUUGUGUACUGUUGUUGUUGUUGUUUUGGUAAGUGUGUACAUGAGUAAAGAGUUUUAAAUAAUGAA